GGCGGCUGGCCGGUGGCUCCUCGUUUCCCGCGGCCGAGUCGUGGCUGCCACAGGAGGUGAGAUGUGGUCUGAAGGGCGCUACAGCUAUGAGCGACCUGCGAGAGAACGAGUGCCUCCCCGCAGCCACCCUGCUGAUGGCUACCAUAGAGUAGUUAAUAUUGUGCCAAAGAAACCACCACUGCUAGACAGACCGGGUGGAGGAAGCCACAGUAGAUAUUACGGUCAUGUUGAUUACCGACAAUGUGACGAGGACCGCAGUUCUGAUCGAAGAAGUGGUCCGCCUCACAGAGGAGAUGACUCUGCCUACCGGUGGACUCGAGAGGAGCAUUCUGGAAGCCGACAGCCUGAGUACAGGGACAUGAGAGAUGGCUUUAGAAGAAAAGGUUUCCACUCUUCCCAUUACGGGAGAGACCGGUCUCCUCAUAAAAGAGAAGCUCCUUUUCUCCGCGAUUCUCCCGUGGGCCGCAAGGACUCCCCGCACAGCAGGUCCGGCUCCAGCGUCAGCAGCAGAAGCUACUCUCCGGAAAGAAGCAAAACUUACUCAUUCCACCAGUCCCAGCAUCGAAAGCCCACGCGUGCGGGUACCUUCUACAAACGGCAGAAUGAAGGAAAGCCAGAAAGAGGUAAAGAGAGACCUGCCCAGUCUUUGAAAACCUCACGAGAUACUUCGCCAUCGAGUUCUUCAGCGGUUCCUUCAUCAAAGACGCUGGACAAACCCAGCAGACCAACUGCGAAGGAGCUUGCGGAGGCUGCAAGCAAGUGGGCGGCUGAGGAGCUGGAGAAGGUGGAUGAAAGGAACUUGCCAGAUAUUUCCGAGUAUGAGGUGGAACCCACGGCACCAUUGUUCACUGAGCAGCCCGAGGAACCUGAAUCCAGUGCACCCAAAGGCGUGGAAGACAGCCAGCUCAGCACUCGUUCUAAAGCAAUAGCGAUGAAAACCAAAGAGAUUGAGCAGGUUUACCGGCAAGACUGUGAAACGUUCGGGAUGGUUGUGAAGAUGCUGGUGGAGAAGGACCCUUCCUUGGCCAAGUCCAUCCAGCCUGCCCUGCGGCAGAACUUACACGAACUGGGUGAGCGCUGUGUGGGGGAGCUGAAACGCUUCAUCGCCGAAUAUGACACUGCCGCUCCUGGGCUCGGAGAGCCGCUCUAGGAGGGUCCUCGCUCAGCAGGAAAGUGUUUCUAGAUGACCUGAACCCUGGGCUGUGUAAAUUCUUCAUAGAUGGAAGUUUUGCAGUGAAGAGACUUC